UGCCAAGAAAUCAACAGGAUCGUGCCAAGAAAUCAACAGGAUCGUGCCACCAUGAUUCAAGAUUGGGAGCAAGAAGCUAGGACUCUGCAAGAGACAAACACCCUUGGCCAGGAGCACAUUGUGCAGUUCAUCACCGCUUUUCGGCGUUGCGGAGCCCAUUACAUGUAUCUCAUGUUUGAAUGGGCUGAUGGCGGGAACCUUCGGAAUUUCUGGAAAACAUAUCCCCGACCAAUGCCAGCGUCGCCCACGUCAACGCCCGUUCGAGACUCGCUUACACAGAUUUGGAUGCUCGCCCAAGCACUCGAGGCAGCCCAUUAUCCAUCUGGGGAUCGAAGGCGAUUCCGUCACGGAGAUUUGAAACCGGAGAAUAUCCUUUGGUUCAGGGACAACACAGGAGAAGGUGGUGGCAUGGGUAAGUUCAAGAUUGGAGAUUGGGGGCUAGCAAAAGGGCAUGACCUUGAGACGGAACUUCGUAGCAACAGAACAUCAACUCCCUACGGAACACGACACUACGAAUCACCUGAAGAGAAAACUGGAACAGACUUUAUCAUCUGGCUAUUGUAUGGCUCGGAUGGCUUGGACCACUUCAAUCAAAGUAUCGGACAUGACAGCCCGAUGUAUCAAACAACCACCAUGGUUGAGGGGAAGGUCGCCAGGGUACACGACGUGGUGGUGCGGUGGCUGGAUUACAUGUCAGGCCUUCCAGCAUGCGAACCAGGAAGCACAGCCAUUGGAUCUCUUCUGGAGGUUGUCAAGAACAAUCUUCUAGCUGUCAAGCUACCCAAAGGCCUGGGCUCUAUGACAGGUUCUCCUCGACGCCGCUCACUCAGCAACAUGGCACCCAGAACCUCGGACGUCGAUGUCAUGCCCGCUUCGAGCUCCACGGCAUCCUUAGAGGCCAACAUGGCCCCGGGUUCGAUCCCCGCAAUCAAAAUUUCGGAACAUGUGGACGAGAAAUUAACCGAAGAUCUGGAGAACAUCGGGAUUUCUGCUGGGCAAGGGCGGGCUCGCGCAAAUGACCUUGUUUUGCUGAUGGAUCACAUCAUGCUGGAAGAAGACACCUCAGACAGUUAUUGGUCCAUUCAAGAUUUUGCUGAUUUAAGGUUACCUCAGCAUCUCUCAGGUCACAGGCGGAACGAACACCAAGCGAGUAUAAUGGUUGUCAGCACGCGGCACAACGAUGAAGGCACCAAGACUUCAGUGCCAGGCUCUACCGCGAAGCAAACGGUCUUUUUCCCACGUCCUGCCAAUAUCACCCAGAGUUAUCUAUUGGCUCCAGAACGUGUCGACUAUGGCAGUCCACAAUUCGAUGAAUUUUGGAAGCGCAGUGUGGAUAACAAGCUCGCCGCCGUCUUGUUUGACAUCUACCGUCGCUACCCGGAUCCAUCGUCACUCAGAGCCGAACCAACCCGCAAACUCUGUGGAACAUGUCAAUGCUCUGAAAGACUACUCCGUGAACCAGUUUUCAGCGAGGAAUACAACCUAGGAACACUCAGAUAUUCCGCCGAGCAAGCGAAGUGUAACCUAUGCGCGUUGCUCUGGGCGGCAUGCCAGCAAACGGCACGGCCUCCGCCAACUACCGCCCGCUUUGAUCGCAAAGGCUCCUACAUACACAUCAACUCCUCCGGCGGACCUGCUCUUUCCAUAUCCGUAACACCCUCUUUCAGUCUCCCAUCAGAAAAUGAAAACAGUGAGAUACAAGUCGGACUUGUGCGGCUACCGCCCCUCAAUAGUGAUGCUCAUUUCGAAGUCAUCCGACAGUGGCUCGCAGACUGCGACGAGAAUCACGGCUGUAUGACAACUGAUUCACAUAAGCCCAUAUCAGCCACUCGAUCACAACUACUUCCCACGCGCGUCAUCGACGUAAGCCCUCCUGGCUCUGCUGAUGUCCGCCCAGUGGAAACAGCCCGAGGAUCGACCGGACGCUGGAUAGCAGUCUCGCACCAAUGGGGCGCCAAACCCUGCACCGUCAAGUCCAACCUUGCCUCUCACCUGAAGGGCAUCCCCCUGUCUUCGCUCCCUGCCACAUUUGCCGACGCGGUAAAAGUGACACGUGCCCUUGGGUGCCAGUACCUCUGGAUUGACUCCAUUUUUGUCGUUCAGAAGGAGGAGGAUGACCCAGGAGACUUCAACAAGGAGAUGAAAAACAUGGAGCAGUAUUACUCUGGGGCAUACUGUGUUCUGGGCCUCAGCGCGGGCGAGGGACACGGGGCUGGGUUUCUAGCGGAGAGAAAGAGAAGGGAAGUGGUGACGUUUGAAGGUGGAGGUGGAGGCCAGUUUCACAUUGCGGAAGCAAUAGAUGAUUUUGGGAAGCAUGUUCUUCAAGGGCCGCUCAGGAGUCGGGGGUGGGUGUCGCAGGAACACGCUUUGGCGAGGAGAACGGUGUUCUUUACGGAGGCUCAGACGUAUUGGGAAUGCGGAGAAGGUUUCCGUACCUCCUUAAUGAAUGUUGACCAAGGCGAAAAGAUCCUACACUGCCAAGACCUUUUCAAGGUCUACUCACGUCUAGGGCUGACCAACAGCUUUGACCGCCCAGCAGCCAUCGACAGCCUCCAGUCUCGAAUCUUACGAGCCCUCAAGGCCAAGGGCAGGUUCGGUAUCUUUGACGAGGGCAAGUCUUUGGGUCUUUUGCGGCGUAGUCUACUGUGGCAGCGGGAUGAUGGUUCCGAUGAUGGCAUCAGCACCAACACAGAAAAGUUGAUACCCAUCAUCUUUCCCCCAGACACGGCCAUCUCUGCGGUGCCGUCGUGGUCGUGGAUGAAGUACGAGGGCGGGAUCAAGUAUGUGAAUGUCGUGUUUGAUAGUGUGGAGUGGGAAUGGGUUGAAUCACCCUGGUUUAGGACGAGGCAUCGCCAACAGUCUGAGAGGAGACCAAGGGGCAAUGAUGUCACUCUGGUGACCAAGGUACAAGAUGAUGGUAAUCGGUGUGGAGAGGGAAAUAUCAUCUUGGAUUGUCCUGGACAAUCAAGCCCACAUCUGCCACACAAGUGUGUGGUUUUGGGAAGGCAGAAGCACUUUGACGAGAGGAAUGGGAGAAAGCAGCUUUGUUAUGUUUUGAUACUGCGUGAGACGGGGGGCAGCUUCAUGCACCCAGGACACGGGAAGCUUAAGAUUUAUGAGCGAACUGGUGCUGGGAGUCUACCAGUCACAUGUUUGGAUGGUGGAAGAGUAAUGGUCGCGAUUCAAUAG